AUGAGCGCGCAGCUGUUGUGCGCGCUGCUCGCGGUGGCGCUGGUGCGCGCGCGCGCUCACGAGUGUGCGCCAGGCACGGGACAGCUGGCGCGGCCUUGCCAACCGAUUAUCACCACCACCAGCGAAGACGCAGACCUCGACGAAGAGAGCGAUUCUGCACCUUUCAUGAUAGUGGUAGAGCACGGGGACGGGUGGCGGUGCGCGGCGUCGCUAGUGUCGCUGCGCACGGGCGUGACGUCAGCGCGGUGCGCACGAGGACGGGCGCAUCCGGCGCAAGGCCGCAACAGCGAGCAGAUGCCGCAGGAGCUGUGGGCGCUGGCUGCGGCACAGCUGGCGCGCCGCGUGCCCGGGGACAACUUAGAGGGCUCCCGACCCGCUUCGCCCGCAUCUACGGCGCGCCGCGUUGCGCGCAUCGCACUCGCUGGUGACCGCAGACGGGGAGAGGACCCGCUGCUGGACGACCUGGCGGUGCUGGAGCUGGAGUCUCCGUUCGGGUCAUCGGCGCGUGCACGGCCCAUCCUGAUGGCCACGUCGCGCACCGAGUGCGAGAAGGAAACGGCGUGCCACGCGGUGCGCGCGGUGGCGGGUGCAGGCGCUCACCGCGCGCGUUUCCGCGUCGUGGACGCCGCGCUCGUGGCGGAGGCGCACUGCGCCACGCGCGUCCCUCACUGGGCGGACGUGCGCGAUCGCGCGUUUUGUUUUUCCGGUGAGGAGCUAUGUUCAAACGACCGUGGCACGGGCGUGGUGUGCGGCGGCAAGCUGUGCGGCGUGCUGAGCGACUCGGUGUCGCAGGAGGGGCGGCACGCGGCGGACUGUGGCGACACGCACGUCGCCAUGAGCGUGGCUCGCUGGCGCGCCUUCCUGCACUGCGCACACACACUGCGCGCCUGCGGACGGGGCGACUGCGAGUCGCUGUGCAGCGAACAUCGGCUGCUCAACACUGAGCCAACCACAGAUCUCAGCACGCACGUUGACUCCACGUCGGCCGCUGCAGUGCCGCCGGCGCCGCAUCGCAGCUCGCCGGCGGACGAGCUGUAUUCCUACUCUUCGGACGUGGUGAUGUUGACCUCCGCCAAGCCCGACGCCCGCUUUCCCGUGCGACCCGCGCACGAAUAUGAGCCCAACCGACCCGACUUUAAGGCCGGCGAGUACGGAGACAACGCGGCGGAUUAUGAGGAGCCGGUGCCGACGACGCGGCGUCGCGCAAUGUCGGUGUCGCGCUCUGUACCGCGUGCGCUGCACACGGUCACGCGCACGCACCCCACACCCGCGCCCUCCAAGGAGCCCCCCGCCGAGUACCUGCUCUCCACCACCGACCACCUACGACCCCAUUCCCUCUUCAGAUACCUGUACUUGCUAAUAUUAACAAACAUUUUCUAUAUCACAUAACCUAUUACGAAUUCGAGAACGGUAUGCCUCCUAAAUUUUACAAGUUCAUUUAUCA